CUUCCGUAACGGGAUGUUAUCAAACACUGAGUCUUGUAUAACAACGAGGGCUUUCUGGAGGACGCCUUCUUUUUGCUGCAAAUGUCGCAGAAGGACCACUCUGAAAAGGACAUUUGGGAGUAUAAACCCCUCGAGAAGAAACAGAAGAGACGUGAAUCGCCUUCUGUGACUGGUGCUGUGGCCAAGAGAAGAUGCACCUCCAGAAAAACGUCCAAGAGAAACAUUCCUUCUUCAGUCAAGUCACCUGGCAGUGCUGUUAAAGUCAAAGCUGCAGAUGGUGGCGAUGUCAGUGCUGCUCAUGUUGAUAAAGAAGAGCACAGCAGCUCAGUGACACCCUCAACGCCUUCUGCAAAUCAUGAGACACUCACACGUGACUUGAAUCCAGCUGAGGGACCAUCCUCUGGACACUUUUGUCCCAUCUGUCAGAUGCCAUUUUCCAUAUUGGUGGUACAGUCUCAAAGGUGGCAUGUUGCUGAAUGUCUUGACACCCCCAGGGACACAUGCAAAGAGUGUCCAGCUGGCCUCCGCUGCUCCUCUACCAUUCCAAACCAUUACAAGAUAUUCAACCAUACACUUCUGGCCCACAGUCGGGCAAACAGCGACACAGGUUUCCUCAGUCUGUCCCAGCAGGCGGGGACCAGCGGGGAGCCUAAUCUCAGUUCUCUCCCAGGACUGAAAGACUCUGAGGGUAAUGACUCUGCUUUAGAGACGUCACAGGACAGUGCUUUCAGUAUCUCUGCCCUUUCCAAUCAUAGUGCCUCCUCUCUCACUGAUCACACCGGAACACCUCCAUCUAAACGUACAAAUGGACUUCUGUUACUGCGCUCACCUGGUCCAGAAGAUUUUAAGAAAAAGAAAGGCUGGUCAUCCUCUACUAAAGGCCAGAAGUCUAUCAGUUCUUCCCAAGAAAGUAAAACAGAGCUUUCAUCUAGUCCUCUUAAGGCAGAGAGUAGAAGGCAAGCUUGUGACAAUUUAGUCAGAAGUGAACCCUCUCCUGACAACACUGAGGCAAUAUCCUACUCUCCUCUGUCUGAGUUCCCUGCUGAGAUCGAAGUCAUUAACAGUGGACCUAGAAAAGCUCUUUUUGAUAAUGAUGCAUCUGAAAAUGACGACUCUAUGCUUCUGUUCAGUGACAGGUUCUCAAGUGACGAUGAGCUCUUCUCUGAAUUUAUAGAUAAUCUUGAAACCAAUAAGGUGCCAGUAGCUUUCUCAAACACCCAGCUGGAGCCAAUUAUAGCAGCGAGUAAUCAGCUAGCUGCUUCUUCAGUUGCUGAAAACAGAGCUGAUUCCACAGGUGAAACACAAGUGCACGGUACAUUUGCUUGUGAAAUCAGUCCAUGUAAAAGUAGUAUUCAGUCUCCACAGAGUAUUGUUUUAGAGCGGCUGCGAGAAACUCUUCUAAACUCAGAUAACCUGCAUUCCAAUAACUUUACUGACAGCAGUAUUCAAUCAGAGCAUCCUCAGUCAGGUUCGCCUCAAGUUCCUUCAUCUCAAACCUCUGUUGUUCCAAGAUCUCAAAAUAUGGCGCCUCAGAAGUGCCAGAGCAAGGCAGGUCAGGCCUCCUGUCUGAAGCAGAUGGACAUUGGAGUGUUUUUUGGGCUCAAACCCCUCAAAAAGAAGGAGAAUGAGAACAACAGUGGGCCAAGUGAACUCAAUGGGACCUCGAGUGCAGCUCCUGGUGAGAACUCAGGACAGAGAAAACAGAGGAGGAGAGACAGACAGAGAAAGACUGACACAACCGCAGAUACCUCACAAAGCACAGUGACUGUUACAAGCAGCGAUGCAACAGAUGUUCAGGGAGAAGCAGGAAGAGGUGGGAACAGAGGAUGGAGAAGAAGAAGGUGGAACAGAGGAAAAGGUGAAGGAGAAGACCUUCCACGUUGUCCGUUCUACAAGAAGAUUCCAGGCACAAAGUUUGUCAUAGAUGCCUUUCAGUACGGACUGAUUGAGGGCAUCACAGCCUACUUCCUCACUCAUUUCCACUCAGACCAUUACGGAGGGUUGACAAAGAAGUGCACAUAUCCAAUCUACUGUAACAGAAUCACAGGGAAUCUGGUGAAGAGCAAGCUGAGGGUGGCAGAGCAAUAUGUCCACAUCCUUCCCAUGAACACUCAGGUCACUGUAGAUGGAGUCAAGGUCAUUCUCCUGGACGCCAACCAUUGUCCAGGAGCUGCCAUGUUGCUGUUCUUCCUGCCUGAUGGACAGACGGUCCUCCACACCGGAGAUUUCAGGGCUGAUUCCUCAAUGGAGAUGUACCCUGAGUUACUCAGCUGCAGGGUGCAGACUCUAUACCUGGACACCACGUAUUGCAGUCCUGAGUAUACGUUCCCUAAACAGCAAGAGGCCAUCAACUUUGCAGCGAGCACAGCCUUUGAGUUGGUGACUCUCCACCCACGUACCCUCGUAGUGUGCGGAUCCUACUCUGUGGGAAAAGAGAAGGUCUUUUUGGCGUUGGCAGAGGUCCUGGGGUCUAAAGUGUGCCUUUCCCGGGACAAAUACAACACCAUGUGCUGUCUGGAGUCAGAACAAGUCAAACAACGAAUAACCACUGAUUGGAAGGCAGCUCGGGUCCACGUGCUGCCCAUGAUGCAGCUCUCCUUCAAAAAACUGCAGGAUCACCUGGCACGCUUUACAGGACAGUAUGAUCAGCUGGUGGCCUUCAAACCCACAGGCUGGACCUUCAGCCAGCAGGUGGAAUCAGUGCAAGAUAUUCAGCCUCACCGAAGUGGCAAUAUCUCUAUCUAUGGAAUUCCCUACAGUGAACACAGCAGCUUUCUGGAGUUGAAACGUUUCGUCCAGUGGCUCCAGCCCCUCAAGAUAAUCCCUACAGUCAAUAACGGCAGCUGGGCUAGCAGGAAAGCUAUGGAGAAGUGUUUUAGCGAGUGGCUCACGGAAACUAAAGCUAAACUGUAACUUAUGUCUGUCGUUCAUAACAGCAAAAACAAAACAUUCAUCAACAUG